CCUCCUGCGCGAGAGCCACAGUCCGACGUUACCUCUGCAGAGGAAAACGCAAUGGACCCCCAAAAUUGUUGAAUUCCCUCUCGUUUGAGCUUUUAGAGCGCAUUCCGAUCCACAAAAGCGCCUUUAUCUGUUAUUGAUUUGAGGCGUAGCAGGUCGGCGCAACGAUGUGGAUCCAGGUUCGUACCAUAGACGGGAAGGAGACGCGAACCGUUGAGGACCUUUCUAGAUUGACCAAAAUUGAGUCUUUACGGUUGAAAAUACAAGACAUAUUCAAUGUGAGCCCACAGCAGCAGCGCCUCUUCUACCGAGGGAAGCAGAUGGAAGAUGGUCAGACACUGUUUGACUACAACGUGGGCCUCAAUGACAUUGUUCAGCUGCUGAUUCGAUCUCAUGCUGACCAUCCAGACGGCCCUGCCACCAAGGACUCCUCAGGUGUUGCCAGUAGUUCAGCUCCUCUACCCGUCUCCAAGUCUGACAGCUGCAGCUCCCCAACUCCUGCCUCUCCCGCAGCCAUGGAAACUUCGGCCAGUACGAACAGCGAGAACAGCAGCAUCUCUACCAGCACUGUACUCGAAAGCAAGCCAGACACCAGCGCAACCAGAAACUUAGCCAGUACCAAAAAUGGGUUCAAGUCCUCCAGUCCAGCACCGGACACCCAGCCGCCCACAUCCAGCAAGAACACACUAAUCAACCCGGGGCUUGGCUUGUACAAGAUUAAUGAGCUGGUGGACUGCAGAGACGUAAGCCUCGGCGCCUGGUUUGAGGCUUGUAUGGAAAAUGUGACACUAGCCCCGAAAGGACAGCCUAUGCCCACCAAACCUAGGGUGGGUCGGCCCCCAAAAAGGACUAAUGGAAACCUGGAGGCUGAGCAGGGACAGGCUCAAACCACGGACAUUAACAGUAAUAAGGUUGGGUUAAACGCAGAGAGCAAUGGCGCCUCCACCUCUCAGACAGACUUUACAACAAAAGACAGCAAGGACAAGGAAGAGGAAAUAAUUUACCACAUUAAAUAUGAAGACUAUCCAGAAAAUGGGGUUGUGGAGAUAGAAUCUGCACAUGUGAGGCCCCGUGCUAGGACCGUGCUACAGUGGGACCAGCUCCAGGUGGGGAUGCUUGUGAUGAUCAACUACAACAUGGAGACGCCCGAUGAGAGAGGCUUCUGGUACGAUGCAGAGAUUGUGACCCUGAAUCAGGUUUCUCGCACCAACAAGGAGCUUCGAGUCAAUAUUCUUCUAGGGGGUCCUGGAGAUGUAAUUGGAGAUUGUAAAGUUCAGUUUCUAGAUGAAAUCUACCGGAUUGAGAAACCAGGAGCGCGUCCACUCUCAAGUGCAGAUGGACAGUUUAAACGGAAGAGUGGACCAGAGUGUAAACACUGCAAGGCCGACCCUGACGCGGAGUGUCGGUUCUGCUCCUGCUGUGUGUGUGGCGGGAAGCAGGAUGCUCACAUGCAGCUGCUGUGUGAUGAGUGCAACAUGGCGUUCCACAUCUACUGUCUCAACCCACCGCUGACCACCAUCCCGGAUGAUGAGGACUGGUACUGUCCAACCUGUAAAAAUGACACUACUGAAGUUGUCAAGGCUGGAGAGAAGCUCAAAGCCAGCAAGAAGAAAGCCAAAAUGCCUUCGGCGACAACUGAGAGUCAAAGGGACUGGGGAAAGGGCAUGGCCUGUGUGGGACGCACUAAAGAAUGCACAAUUGUUCCCUCAAACCAUUAUGGACCCAUUCCUGGUGUUCCUGUUGGAACCACCUGGAAGUUCAGAGUGCAGGUAAGUGAGGCUGGUGUUCACAGGCCGCAUGUCGGCGGCAUCCACGGGCGCAGCAACGAUGGCUCCUACUCACUGGUGCUGGCUGGAGGCUUUGAGGACGAAGUGGACCGGGGAGAUGAGUUCACCUACACAGGCAGUGGGGGUCGUGACCUCUCGGGAAACAAACGGAUUGGAGAGCACUGUUUCGACCAAACACUGACCCACAUGAAUAGGGCAUUGGCCUUAAACUGUGAUGCGCCUCUGAAUGACAAAGAUGGAGCAGAGUCCAGAAACUGGCGAGCUGGAAAACCAGUGAGAGUGGUGCGCAGCUCUAAAGGUAGACGUAUUAGCAAAUAUGCUCCAGAAGAAGGAAACCGCUACGAUGGUAUUUACAAGGUGGUAAAGUAUUGGCCAGAGAUUGGAAAAUGUGGUUAUUUGGUUUGGAGGUACUUGCUGAGGCGGGAUGAUCUGGAGCCAGCACCAUGGACCCCAGAAGGACUGGAGAGGAUAGAGAAACUGGGACUUUCUGUUCAGUACCCACCAGGCUAUUUGGCGGCCAUGGCUAACAAAACUAAGAAGGAGUCCUGUGCUAGACCUGGUAUGGGUGGCCGCAGCAAGCUUUACUCUGCGAGGGGGAGGCCACGGAAAAACAAGAUCGAAGCAAAAGAAGAGAAAGAUGAGGAGGAGGAGGAGGAGGAGGAGCCCCCAGAAACUAAGAUGCAGGAGGAUGCACCACAGAGUAAUGGAGAGCAGAAGACAACUGAAGAUACUGAACCAUCACCAGCACCGGAGCCUCCAUCUAAACGUGUGAAGAUGGAGGAGACGUUCCAGCUGUCAGAGCAGCAGCAGCAGCUGAUCGGAGACGACACAGCCAACAAGAAGCUCUGGGAAGAAGCCAAGGAGAACCUUAAGGAGGGGCCGAACUUCCUGCGAAAGCUGGAGCAGAUCUUCAUGUGCGUGUGCUGCCAGGAGCUGGUCUUUCAGCCCAUCACCACCGUCUGCUCGCACAAUGUCUGCAAGACCUGUCUCCAGCGGUCGUUCCGAGCACAGGUGUACACCUGCCCCGCCUGCCGUCACGACUUGGGCAAGGACUAUGGCAUGAACCAAAACAAGACGCUUCAGAUUCUGCUCGACCAGUUCUUUCCCGGCUACAACAAGGGCCGAUGAAGUCGAACAUACGUUUUUAACUAGGAUAAGUACGCACUUAAGCAUCCAUUCUGUGCACCCUCGUAUACUGACGAGGACCUUAGAGCUCCACUUUGAAAUGCGUUGCACUCACGUAAUGUAACUUAUCCACGGGCAAAUGUAAAUCGCAUCUACAGCCAUUAAUGUGUACAAUCAAUCACACACAAACCUCAGUAGGGACUGACCUCAUCUGCCAGAACUUGGAUCGUCUCCAUCCACACCACCAGCCUGAAAUUCCAACCAAGGGCGUUUUUUCCUUCACCUCCUUACUCCAGCCAGAUAAGUGGGCACAAAAACAAACGCACAAAAAGCGCUCCGACUCACAUUCCCACCAACCGUCUCUAAGCACUUGCUCGGGUUCAGUUCUCCCUUCGAUCGCGACGCCGGUACCGUUAAUUCCCGCGCGGCACGUCGUUCCCUCCUUGAGCUCAACGUUUAAACACCUGCCAACCUGCUUGCAUUUUCUGUACCAUGUAUGCAGUUUUUAACCCCAAAACACAGCGAUAACUCGAGCGUUUUAGUCACUUGUCAGACAACUGUUUAUGGUGCUAAGAAAGCGGCUGCUCGUGUAGUUGAUCAAUUCUGGCAAGGUGAAGUUUAUCACAAAACAAAACGAUAAGAAGUGACAUGCGGUUUUGAUGUAGGCUAGAAGCAUUUGCCUGCAUUGUGUUUGGUGCUCCCGUCUCUUGGAAUGAUGCAGUUUGUUUUGCCUUGAGCUGACAGCUCUGUGUGCUGGCAGAGAAGAGUAGCCUUGGAUUUAACGUGGAGUUCCAUGAAGCACUUAAAACACAAAACGAAAAAGAUCAGAGGGGAAGUUUCAGUAAUCCACUCUUUUUGCAAAAGGUUCUGGAUCAAAGUUUUGCUAGGCUUUCCUUGAAAAGUGGACAAUUAAGUUCUGCUUUCUUUCCUUGCAUCAACUAGAAAACUAAAUGAAGAUUCACAGACAGGAUUAUAAAAACGCUUCAAGUGUCUGGUGUUCUGCCUGCACGCCUUUUCAGAGACGUUUCAAAGGGCAGGCUGCAUUUGUCCCUGGUGUUACCAAGCAACCACAGCCGAGCAGGACUUUCUGCAUGGAUGCUUAGCUAAUAUUAUCAUCCACAAAUAUUCAUCUAUCUGUUCAGAUAUUCUGCCUGUUAGCAAAAUAUUUCAUGAACCACUGAAUGGACUUUUAAUGAAUUUUCAAAACGUAAUCAUUGGGUAUGCAUCUACAACUCGUUAACUUCUGGAGUCAAUCCAGUUCAGCACGGCCACCCCCAGCUAAUUGAGAGUCCACACAAAAACGGCUGUAACUUAGUCAGUUUUGCAGAUACUGAGCUAAAAUUUGAUGUGGUAGUAGCUGAGAGUCAUUCAUAAAACUAAAUACGCUGAGAUAUCUCGCCAUAUUACAUGAGAUUGUGUACAUCUUUGACCAAAAUGAUUGAAGGGCGAUAUGCAUUCAUUCAAGGAAUACAAAGCUUUUUAAUACAAAAUUACAAAUUUGAGCAUUUAUUUUGUUAACAAAAACAUUUGACCCUUUGUUUGACUUCUCUCACCCUUUGGUGUUUUAUAGCUUUGCUGUGCUUGUUAAAAAAAAAAAAAAAAAAAGUCU